AGUAGCCGAAUGCUAGCUUCCGCCGCUAACGCGCUGCAGACUUUCUGACUGUAGUUUCCCUCUGACAUCGCUGUUAUUCCAUCAUGCAGGACGGUGUCCCCCAAGGACCAGAGCUGGGAACCCAGUGCGUUUUCCUGAGAGGAUUGGGAAUUAAACAGGCUUAUUGCUCAGCAGACUCAGCAGACUCAACAUGAAGACGAAUAAAUCCUACAAACUGGUGCUGCACAAGAAAGGUUUCGGCGGAAGCGAUGACGAGUUGGUUGUCAACCCCAAGAUCUUCCCUCAGGUUAAUUUAGGGGAUGUCAUUGAGAUUGCACAUCCCUCAGAUGAAUACAGCCCUCUCCUGCUGCAAGUGAAGAGCCUGAAAGAAGACCUCCAGAAAGAGACGAUCAGUGUGGAUCAGACGGUGGCUCAAGCCUUCAAACUGCGUGCAUACCAGGACGUUAUUGUCAACAUUGUUGAUCCUAAGGAUGUGACGCUGGAUCUGGUGGAGCUGACGUUUAAGGACCAGUACAUUGGCAGAGGCGACAUGUGGCGACUGAAGAAAAGCCUGGUGAGCACUUGCGCUUACGUGACUCAGAAGGUUGAAUUUGCUGGAAUCAGAGCGCAGGCCAGUGAACUGUGGGUGAAAGGGGAGAAGGUGACCUGUGGUUACAUCAGUGAGGAGACCAGGGUGGUGUUCAGAUCCACGUCUGCCAUGGUCUACAUCUUCAUCCAGAUGAGCUGUGAGAUGUGGGACUUUGACAUCUAUGGUGACCUCUACUUUGAGAAGGCUGUAAACGGCUUCCUCUCUGACCUUUUUGCCAAGUGGAAGGAGAAGAACUGCAGUCACGAAGUGACCGUUGUGUUGUUCUCACGGACUUUCUACAGUGCCAAAUCUCUUGAGGAGUUUCCUGAGAUUCUGAAAGGCUCCAUUAGACAGGAUCACGAAGGACAUUUCUAUGAAGACUUCUACAGAGUUGUGGCACAGAAUGAGAGACGAGACGAGUGGACAUCGCUGUUGGUCACCAUCAAAAAGCUCUUCAUCCAGUAUCCAGUUCUGGUGCGGCUAAAGGAAGCAGAUGGUUUUCCUCUGGGUUAUAACUCAACUGCUGCACAGGGAAACUACCUGGAGGCCAUUAACCUUUCUUUUAAUGUGUUUGACAAGCACUACAUCAACCGUAACUUUGACCGCACCGGACAGAUGUCAGUGGUCAUUACGCCUGGAGUGGGAGUGUUUGAAGUCGACCGUCUACUCAUGAUUCUGACCAAACAGCGAAUGAUUGACAACGGUAUCGGCGUUGACCUGGUGUGUAUGGGAGAGCAGCCGUUGCAUGCUGUACCAUUAUUUAAGCUGCACAACAGGACCAGCCCUGGAGACUCUCGUGUGGGAGACGACUACAACCUUCCUCACUGGAUUAACCACAGCUUCUACACGUCAAACAGUCAGAGGUCUUGUGGCUCCUUCACCCCUCGAAUCAAACUGGCUGGUCGAAAGAUUCAUGCAGAAAAGUUCAAGAGCAGCAAAGAUCACAGCCUGUGCGCCCCUAAGGACCCGGACAACAGUCUGCCCAUCCAGGUGGACUAUGAUGCCUACGAUGCUCAGGUCUUCAGACUCCCAGGUCCUUCGCGGAUCCAGAGGAGCACCAUCUACAGGAUGGGGCGAGACAGAGACGCGAGUGGGAGGAAGAGCGUGGGCUCUGUGGACGUCAGCUCAGGCGUCGGGGCGUCUUCCCCCGUGUGCUCGGGCGGCCUGGAGGAGCAGCGGAGCCUGGCCUCUGAUGACAGCCUGGGUCCCGUGUCCAACAUGCUGCUCAUUCCACGCGCACCUGCACUGCACUACGAAGUCAGCAGCUCUCUUGGAUACACGAGCACCAGAGAGUUCUUAGAGAAAAUGGUGGACUCUCAGCGGGAGUCCAGUGCCCCAGGCCGGUUCACCGUGGGAAGUGCUGAGUCCACACUGCACAUCCGUCCAGGAGGUUACACGCCUCAGAGAGCUCUCAUUAACCCCUUCACACCGUCCAGGAUGCCCAUGAAGCUCACCUCCAAUCGCAGGCGAUGGAUGCACACCUUCCCUGUGGGACCUUCUGGAGAGCCGAUCCAGAUCCACCAUCAGACGAGACAGAACAUGGCGGAGCUGCAGGGCAGCCAGCAGAAAGACUCCGCCCACACGUCUGCGGAGCUGCUGGAGCUGGCCUACCACGAGGCCACCGGCAGGAGAACAACGUCUCGCCAAGCGGGAGACCUUUACAGCUGUGGGGGAGCAGAGGAGUUCGCUGGAAGUCCUGGCAGUGGCGGUGGCAGCGGGCCGCUCGCCACUCGUAGCUCCUCCUUCCAAGAUUGUCCCACUGGUGGAUCCGAUCCAAUCCUGCUGCUGUCUGCACCCCCGACAGUGCCCAGCUUCUGCUGCACGGUGGGGGUGGACUGGAAGUCGCUGACCACGCCGGCGUGCCUCCCCCUCACCACCGACUACUUCCCCGACCGCCAGACCCUGCAGAACGACUACACGGAGGGAUGCUACGACCUGCUGCCGCACAGUGACCUGGAGCGGCGAGAGGAUGACGCUCCAGUGAUGAGCGCAUCCCAGGUGUUUGAGGAGUUUAUCUGUCAGAGGCUGAUGCAGGGGUAUCAGAUCAUCGUCCAGCCCAACAACAGGAAGCCGCCCCCCACCGCCGCCACGCCUCUGGGCAGCAGUCCUCUGUACACCCGGGGUUUGGUGUCCAUGCGCCGAGGGGAGGAGGAGGAGACGGUUUUCUGGCUCAGCAUGGGCCGCACCUUCCAUAAAGUCUGCCUCAAAGACAAGAUCAUCACGGUGACUCGCUACCUGCCAAAGUACCCGUACGAGUCUGCUCAGAUCCAGUACAGCUACAGCCUCUGCCCGCCACACGCCGACGCUCAGUUCGUUUCCUGUUGGGUUGAGUUUGGCCAUGAGAGACUGGAAGAGUACAAGUGGAACUACCUGGACCAGUACAUCUGCUCUGCUGGUUCAGAGGACUUCAGCCUGAUUGACUCUCUGAAGUUCUGGAGGACUCGCUUUUUGCUGCUACCGGCGGGUGGAGCUCGCCGCGUGGCGGACGGAGAAGGCCACUGGGAUGUUUACGGAGAGGGAGCGGGUGCCGGAGCGGGAAGCAGCGGGGAGUGGGUCCUGCUGGAUGGAUUCAUUCGCUUCCUGGAGGGCCUCAACCGGAUCCGAAGACGCCACCGCUCUGACCGGAUCAUCAGGCAGAAGGGGACCCCCAUGAAAAGUCUGCAAGUCAGCAGCCCCCUGUCUUCAUACCCAAGUGAGCCUGUGGCCCCCCCACAGGGAAAGAGGGGAACGUCAGCCUUAUCAGCACUGCUGGAAAUGGAGCAGAACCAGAAGAGCCUGGAGGAGCAGCCGAAGCCGUCUGCAGCUCCGGCCGACGUCUCCACCGUCUCCUUCAUAGACAGUCCUCGCAAGGACGCUGCCUUUAUUUUGGAUUUUAUUCGUAGCCCCCGCUCCUCCUACAUCCACCCUUCUCAGGAACAGUUGAAUAAUUCCAGCGUCUGCCUCCAGCUGCCCGCUGAAACCACGGAGGCUGCAGAAAAAGCUGGCCAGCCUGGAGCCGGCGCAGUCCCGCCUGCAGGAGACGCCGCAGCCGGCGGCGCCGACGCCAGUGGGCAGUCUGCUGCAGGGACACACUGUCUGUCCUCGUCCUCCACCCUGCUGGAGAUCCUGGAGGCCAUCAAACACCCAACGACGGGCGUGCAGCUACUCCCCGAGCAGAAGGGUCUGCCACCCCACUGCUUCAUCAGCUCUGAGGUUGUUCAUUGGCUGGUCAACAACGUGGAGGGUGUGGCCACACAUGGGAUGGCAGUGGAUGUCAUGCAGAAAAUGCUGGAUGAAGGCCUGGUGGCUCAUGCUUCAGGAGACGCCAUGCGCAGCUUUAUCUAUGGCUUCUACUUCUACAGGAUUGUCGGUGAAAAGGAUGGCCUGACCACGCAGCUCCCGGCCGCCGCAGGAGGCGGCUGGUCCACCACGGUUCCGGAGGACUUCGCUCUGUUCCAGAGGAAAUGGUUUGAGGUGGCCUUCGUGUUGGAGGAGCGGCGGCCUUCAGAUCUGCCAGCUUUCCUCCUGCCCUGGCUUCCUAGUCGGCCGGCCUCCUAUGCAAGUAGGCACAGCUCGUUCAGCCGCAGCUUUGGAGGACGCAGCCAGGCCGCCGCUCUGCUAGCUGCCACCGUCCCAGAGCAGAAGACGGUCACGCUGGAUGUGGACGUCAACAACCGCAGCGACCGCACCGAGUGGUGCAGCUGUUAUUACCACGGCAACUUCUCCCUGAACGCCGCCUUUGAGAUCAAGCUGCACUGGAUGGCGGUGACGGCGGCCGUGCUCUUUGAGAUGGUUCAGGGCUGGCACAGGAAAGCCGCCUCCUGCGGCUUCCUGCUGGUUCCUGUUCUGGAGGUCCCUUUCGCCCUGACGACCUACCUGUACGGCGACCCGCUGAGGGCGCACCUCUUCAUCCCUCUGUGCAUCCAGUGCCUGCUGAAGAACAGCAGCGACAGCCUGUUUGAAGGUUUUGAGCCGGAGACGUACUGGGAGAGGAUGCAGCUCUUUCAGGAGGCCAUACUGUACAGGUUUGGUUUUGUUCAAGACAAGUUUUCUGCGUCGGGCUUUAACUUUCCCUCGGAGAGCAAGCCUCAGUACAUCCACGUCACAGGCACCGUCUUUCUGCAGCUGCCCUACUCCAAAAGGAAGUACUCCAGCGGGCAGCAGCGCAGGCGCAGGAACUCCACCACCUCCAACAGCCAGGGGCCCUUUGGGGGGGAGGACAGGGUGGGCUUCUACUGGGCCUACAACACCAUGCUGACCAAAGCCUGGAGGACGGGACUGCUGGGAGAUGAGAGGCUGGCUGACCGCCUGCUCCGAGACUUCACCGACUUCUGCGCCAACAAGGACAACAGGCUGCAGAACCUGUGGGACAGCUGUCAGGAGAAAAUGAACGCCAGCGCCCCCUAGCCGGGUCCUCUACAUGUGGAGCGUGAGGAGCCCACAUCCAGUUCUGCUGUGUGAAAGUCGUGAGAAAUGGGUUUUAUUGCUACUGUCGUUGGACUCUAACCGCUGUGAGAGUGUGCACUGCAGCAGGCAGAGCGCCGGCGAUGUUCCUGUGAGGAACUCGCCUCACUGCUGCAAAUGGUUGAACCCGCCCAGCCGAGCUGAAAGGCUCCAGCUAACCAGGACUACCAACCGACCAUCACUGUGAGGAGCAGGCUGCCACUGCAUUCAGUGUUCGGACUGCAUUUCCCAGGUGUCGGUGUUAUUAAUGAAGAUUAAAAGCCAGAAUUUCUUUUCUUCCUGGAAUUUUACAGCUUCUUCUCUGAAAGACAAUCAGCUGAUGAUUCAAUGGAGGGAAGUGAAGGUCCGAUGGAAACAUGACGGCUGAUCCUGCAGAGCCUCACAGUCUCACGCUGUCAUGACCACCUUCACACAUUCAGAGGACGGUACAUUCUGGAUAUCCGGAGUACCACGGUAACCAUGGAUCAUAUUCACAAUAAAACUCAUCAAUAAUCUGCUCUGUGGUCAAAGUUCAGACGUUCUGUCAUAAAAACAGUCGACGAGGGCUCAGCAGAGAGAAGUAGGAGUCCAGACGGCCCCGCUAGUUAACUAGUUAGCUAGUUACCAGUGGUUCAGACGCUUCACCUCUGUCUCUGGAGACAUCCCUCUUCAUGAUGAGGCUCUUUCCAUGAGCAGCAUCUCAUCCCUUUCAGAGGAACAGGAACUUCCUGUUUGAUCCAAAAUGAGGUUUGUGUUCUCUAACACUCAGUGGAGCGGAUCCACCCGGCUGCUCAGAUCCAGAACCUCCUGCAGACUCACAAAGCUACAGAAUGCAGAACACGUCCCUCGAUUUCAGUGAGACUUCAAACUUUGGUUUAUUUACCUCAGGCUAUUGAAAGACUACGGAGCCCCUAAAGGGACAUCGAAAGAAAAAAUUAGUAACAGUUGCACACCUGUUACUAACUGGCUAACAUGAUUCCUAUCUGGCCAUUUGUGGUCGUUGGCGCACAGAGGCAUUUCCCCAAGUUACCUGGAAAUGGUAUUACGGGAGCCGAUUGAGUUUUACUUUGCUUUUGGACUCGUCUACAAAGAGAUUGCAGCUUUGCUUUCUCACGCCACAACUAUCUCAUUUCUGAACGCCAUCUUAAACGCGUUUAUUUCGAUGCAGGGCUUACAGUUUAGAUCCGGUUACCACUUUUAAUCAGGAAGAAUUAAGGUCCUCCGGUAAACUCCAUGGAUAUCGGUUGAUGCAUUCCAAGUGCGUUAAAAAUGGACUGCAGGUAAGGACAGAACAUGUCCGUCUGAUUAUACAAGAACUUGACCUUCUUGACUUGAAGUCAGAGGAGCCAGACGUCUGCGUCGCCCCAGUUACUUUGUAUUUUUGUAUUAAUGGAUGUUAGUAACGGGUGAGCACCAGUUAGUGUUUUCUUCUUCAUGUCCCUUUAGGGGCUCUGUAAAAGACAGUCAUCGUCUAAAUAAUAGUUUCGACUCAGAACCAAGUUGUUCUCUUUUACUUGGGUUACUGUUGGUGCAUUCACUGUGGAGAAGACGGCUGUAGACCAACCCACGUGGUUUCCACAAACACUCUGAGCAUCUUUGGGUUUUUUGAGAUUGAUCGUCUCCAAACUGGAUUCAGAAGCAGAGUUUAGAUCUGACCCAACCGUAUGCAGUGGCGGCUACUGGUCUGUCAGAGGGGAAGCUCUGAUCCUGCCCAUGCAACUUCAUCUUGCACAUGCACUCACGUGUUCCUCGCUCUUUUCAUGUCUUUUAUAUGCCCUGUCAAAGUUAGACAGAUCUCCAAACCCCACACCCGUGAGAUGGUUUCAUCAAGAGGCAUGGCCAGCAGUAUUUAUUUAUCACAGCACUUCCAUUCAGCCAGCUAACUUUGUCAUACCAGGAGAGCUGGAAAGACCUGUUAUUUUUCCCUAUCUUUUGCACUAAAUCAAUCUUAGGUGUUGAUCUGCCCUGCUGUUAAAUUCAAAGUUUUGUCUCGUAAGGAACACUUUCAAAUGGCUUCGCCAAAAUCAGGUCGACAAUAUUAGCACCGUCUGCCAUCGUGUGCAGUUUCACCCACGACGCUAGCCUAGCCUACUAACGUUAUAUGAAUGAAUGAAUGAUCUAAAAAGAAAUAUUAAACUCUGUAAAACUGAAACAAGGAAUGUGGUGUAUAAUUGUGUGAAAUGUAUGAUGAAAAUCAAGCAAUUUCGCCAAGCAAAUAUCAAAGAAAUAGGUUGCAGCAGUUUUUUAUUUCAACUGAGCUUGAGAAAUCCGUGAUGGGACUGAGCGCGAAUAGCUUCAGUGAUUCCUUAUAGUACAGAAUCACUGUCAGUCAAAAGGAGAUGCAGUCUUUCAACAGACCCUCCAAUCAGCCCCUCCAGUCCGGGCCAGCCCACUCCCCAUUCACCCCCAGAGACGCUGAGCGUCCAUGGGUGGGACAUAAUCGCAGCGUUUAUCCAAUGACCGUCUAGUUUUGAAGCGCUGAAAAAAAAAAA